GUAAAAUAAUAAUAACUAUUUAUACAAAAAAAAAAAAAAUAAAAAGUGAGAAAGAAAGAGAGAAAAAUAUUUAUAAUUUGUUCUUUUAUUUUGAAAUUUGUAUUUGUAUAAUAAAAUAAUAAAAAAAAAAUUAGUGGAAAAUAAGAAGAAGAAAAAGAAAGGAAGAAGAGAAAAAAAAAUUAAAGGGAAAAAUAUUUUGUAAUAAAAAUUUUUAUUAGAAAAAUAUCUAAAUUAAUAAUUUAUAUAUAUAUACAUAUAUGUAUGUAUAUGUAUAUAUGUUUGCUGAAUAUAUUAAAUAAAUAAAUAAAUUAAUGUACGAAUAUCAUGGAUACCCUAUACUGGAUAAUAUUCGUAUUUUUUAGUUUAUUUUCAACAAAUCCAACAAGUGGACAAUCUGAGGUUGAGGUUCAUUUAACAUUGAAAAAAUAUGUUGAUCGAGGAUUAAGUGUCACAAUUUUUUGUGAACAUAAUGUUAAACACGAAAUAUUAUAUAAGGUUCUGUGGCUAAAAUCAGAUCAUGGGAAAUUGUUUGAAUAUGUUAGAGUUAGAAAUCCACCAUUCAGAAAUUUUAGUAUACCAGGUGCAGAAAUUGACUGGAGUAAAACUGAUGAAACAAAAUUGUCUUUAAAUAAAUUAGAAUUUGAAGCAUCUGGUCAUUAUUAUUGUGAAGUAUCAACAGAUACACCAAUAUUUACAAAAGCAUCACAAGAAGAACCACUCCAUGUGAUAUCACCACAAAGUGGUCCGCCGGCAAUUAAAUUCAAAAAGAAACCACCAUUUUAUAUUGGCGAUCAGCUAAUAGCGCUCUGUAAUACAACAGUAGCGCGACCUAUACCACAUAUUACAUGGCUGAUUAAUGGAAAAAAGGUUUCAAAUGAAUACCUUCGGCCAGUAAAUUCAAUUUCUAAAAGUCAUCGAAGUAAAUCCCAUAAACAAGGAUCACAUCAAAGUAAACAUCAAUUCCAGCAAUUACAAUUAAUUCACCAGCAACAACAACAACAGCAACAAUUACAACAACAAUAUCAACAAAAUCAACAUCAACAACAAUUACAAUUAUCACAUAUGAAAAAUAACCCACCGCUAUUAGAUAGAAAUACACACCAACAACUGGAUUAUAAUAAUAACAAUCAUAAUAAUCAUAAUGGAAAUAAUAACAAUAAUAAUAAUGAUAAAAUACCAAGUCUGAGAGGAUUUAAUUCACAUGGAUUCAAUAGUUGGCAAGAAGAGCUUCCACAUCAACAGUAUCAUCAGCAUCGCCGUGAAGGUCAUCAUCAUGGCUUAUACAAUCAAUAUAAUCAAUAUACAAAUAAUGAACAUGAAACAAAUUAUAGAAGUAAUUUUGACAAUAAAUAUUAUGAAUUGAAGAAGCAUAGUAGGAAUUCAUUUAAUAGAAAAUAUCGACGUCAUUUAAAUGAUAACAAUAAUGGUUAUAGUAUGAGAAGAAGUUUGGGUGGUAGUGGUGGUGGUCUUAAUGGAAAUAGUAAUAUUGGUGUUGGUAAUUAUGGUAAUAGCAGUAUUAUAAAUGAUGCAGCUUAUUCAAUUCAAGCAUCAAUAAAUAAUGGUGCUAUCAGCGCUAGUAGUAAUAGUGAAGGAAGUGGUUAUGGUAGUGGUUUUCUAUCAACCGGUAGUAUAAGUAGUAGUAGUAUUGGUAGUGGUGGCGGUAGUAUAAGUCCUAGUAAUAGUCAUAUAAAUGAAGCAACAUCAAAAUAUCAUUCACAUAUACCAUAUAAUGGUACAUAUGCAAUGAGUGGUAUACAAAUUGAAAUUGGUGAACAUCAUAUUAAUAAUCAUGGUAGAUUAGAAAUAACAUGUUUAGCAACAAUACCAGCACAUGUUGCUCCUGGUGAACAAUAUGCCGAUUAUAAAACACAUUCUGUUAAAAUUGAUGUUGAGAGAAGGCCAAAACCACUUCCAAAUAAAACAACAUUUGAUCAACAAUCAACACCGCAAGUACCAGAUGGUAUGGCACAAUUAGCAAAUAAUAACAGUUCGAAUAGUGUUAGUAUAAAUCGUGUUUUACCAAUUAAUUUAAUAUUAUCAUGUUUAACAAUAUUAAGAGUUUAAAAUUCAAAAUUUGUAUAUAUAUAUUUAUUUAUUAUAUUAAUUAAUUUAUUUAUUUAUUAAAUAAUAAUUAUAAUUAUUAUUAUAAAUACAAAAAAAAAGAGAAGAAAAGAAUUAAAAAACCAAUAAUUAGACAAAUAAUA